CUUUAUUCUCCUAAUCAUUGAGCUAUGCUUGUGCAGCUUUCACUUUAUUCUCCUAAUCAUUCAGCUUAAGAAAGGAGUCGUACUUGUAAUGGACUCGAAACGUUAUGAACAUGCGGAAUGGGAGAACAUGGCUAAGCUGCUCCAGAGGGCUUGGAAACGGUUCAUCAAUGUUGUUCCAGGUGAAUGGAAACCGGAGCUUACAUUUGAAGAUUAUCCUUGUAUGAGGCAGGAACGCGGGAAUAACUUAUGUGGAUACUACGUUUGCGACUUCAUUCGUGAGAUGGCUGUUUACAGGGAUGCGGAGGACGCUAUACACCACUCUCGUAUGAUAAGCUUGCGGGACUCUCUCAUAACGGAGGCUCGCAUACGAGCAAUCCAAGAGGAACUCGCGGGAUUCUUUCUUAACGAGGCCCUUUCGCCAAAAGGAGAAUACUAUCGGCAGUACAUAGAUCUUACUGACACAAAGAGGACCGACAUUAAUGUACUGUAAACAAUGCAUGCAUUACGUGUACUGUUGACGAUGUCUAUAUAUU